ACCCUAAUUUUGAUUUUCUCAUCCACUCUCUGCCUUGGAACGACUGCAGGUGAUAUUUGUGCCUCUGAUAUUGAAUCUUUUCAAGAAUCGAGUGAGGGAGGAGAAGAGAAAUGGGUCAUUCAAACAUCUGGAAUGCUCAUCCUAAGAACUACGGGCCUGGCUCGCGUGCAUGCCGGGUCUGCGGCAACCCUCAUGCAAUCAUCAGAAAGUAUGGAAUUAUGUGCUGCAGAGUGUUUCCGCAACAAUGCCAAGGAGAUUGGAUUCAUCAAGUACCGCUAGAGGAUAUUGGCACACGCUAUGGGGUAAUCGAGAACAAGAUUUGAACAUUUCGAAUGCAUUUUCUCCGAUAAAAUGAGAGUUAUGGUUUUCUAUUUCUUCAAACUGUAUUUGGAUUGAUGUGUUUUUGGUGUUUAAGCUUUUCUAACUUUGUUAAGUUCUUGCAUGCAAUUUUUUGCCCUUCUUAUAACUAAUUUGAAAUUGUGGCCUUUUGUGUUAUGUUUAAAACCCUUAUACUCGCUCUAUCCCAACUUCACAUUUUCUUUUCGCUCCGUUCAAAAAUAAACUUUACACUUGGGU